AACUGACGUGUACCUUGGAUUGGAGCCUUGUUAUGCAAAUAAAACCGAAAGAUUGUUAGUUAAUUGCACAUUUUGGAAAUGUCUGAUACUGAGAGACUUGUGGAUGAUGCUGGACCAUCAGAUGGAGGCCCUAGUCGUACUGGGGAGGGGGAUACUGCGCCAGUUGUAUCUGAACGAGAAGCAUAUUUCCAGGCUCUGCGCCUAUGGAUCCAGCAGGCUCAAAUGUAUCAGAACCUGUCGACAUGCUUCCCCUAUUACAUGAUGACGUUCCAGGGCUUGCAGAACAACCCAACAAAUGUGCCGUUGUUGAACAAUAAUUACCAGUUUCAAGGGCAACAGUUUCCAUUCCAAAUUCCCAAUGUACCACGAAAUGCUCCUGAUAACCAGCCGCAGGCUGAAGCUCUUACUCCAGUUGAAGUGAUUGCCCGUCACGGAGGCUUCGAGUAUGUCAUCCCUCCCCUGUACAAGAGGCUUCUGGCAGAGUUCAUUGACUUCAUGCUGCUCUUUAUAUUAAAACUUAUUGUUACAUUUGUUGCAGUUGACAUGUUUGAAUUUAUUGACUUGGAAAAGUUUGACUUCUACAAGUUCAGCGAGCAUUAUGACGACUACAAAUAUGCCAUGGAACUGACUUCAGAGAUAUUAUUCCUUGAAGUUAUCUACAGGAUACUAGUCUGCAUUUUUGAGGCUUGCUGCUUAUCAGGCAGCAUCGGUCGUACGGGAGGCGCGACUCCAGGGAAGGCUCUUCUCGGGCUCCGCGUGGUCACCGCCUCAGCCGUCAUCCCCGUUGAGGGCCGCCCCAGAGAGACCGUGCUCCUCUACCCCGGUAGACCCCUCACAUUCCUCAUAGCUCUAGUCCGUUCCCUCAUGAAGAACUUCCUCAUAUCCCUUCUCUUUCCUCUCUGUGUGGUCUUAUUCGUAUUCCGUCACAAUCGCACGGGGUACGAUUUGCUUUGUGGGGUCAUUGUGGUAGAGGAAAACAUGUUUCCCCCGCGGAGGCAUGUUCCAUAGACUUGCACAGGUAGGAUGAGGUUAGUGACACAGGCUUGUUUAUGGAUACGCGGCGUAUUGUUCGGUGCUUUAUUGUAUAUCAGUACCACGCGAGUGGAAACACUUCUGCGUGAACGGUUUUAUGCAACGUCUUAUGUUUAAACUCACCGCGCGAUGCGCUGUCUUCGUAAACGCUAUUUUUCAGACGUUAAGUACGACGUAGGCCCUCAUUGAUUGUUAAUUCAAAGAGAUCAUGAGCUCUGUUGUGAUUGAUUCUAUUACGUUUCAAAUCAGUAGCAUAGUUUUAUUAUACAUAUGUCCACAUGGGUCGCCUACAUUAAAUAGCUUCUAGGCAAAUCUGUAUUUGCCGCUCUGACUGUCAGUACUGGCAAUGGUAUGCGUACUAUUUGUUAUUGAAAUGAAGUUAAUAUUUUUAGUAGAAAAGUUGUAUGUUAGUCGGCGCCAAUAUUUCUCUUGCAAGUACUCAGUCAGAGUAGCAGUAAAUACAGCCGGUAUCAAUAAGAUUACUGGUCCUGUCCCUGCGGCACGGUACACGCGACGCGACAAAAUAUCGCGGGCUUCGACCAACAGCUACAAUGUUUGCUGACUGCGUAGAUAAACAUCGUAUAUCUAUUGGUUGAAGCCCGUGGUAUAUGUCAUGUGCCAUGCCGCAGGGGAUGGUAAACCCUAUUGUAAUUUAUAGAGCUUGUUAAUUUAAAGACUUUUGAAAAAACCCAAAUGAUAUGGAUAAGGAAUAAGGUUUUUUAUUUUCUUAGAUUAUUGUUUUAAUGUUCCAGUUUCUUCCCUAAGUAUUUAUUAUUUAGCUACAUAUACAAAUUGGAUUUGUAUACGCUAGUUGCGCUAUUUCUGCUUGUUAUCAUGUAAACACUUUUUAUGAAAUAUCAUUGUAAAAUAGGCAUAAAAUUCACUUUAAAAACAUGAUUUCAAAGUCUGGCACUUUCGUAACCAAAGUAUGCAAUGAAAACAACGAAUGUUUGAGAUAUUUGUUACAGUUUCGAGUACCUACCCAUCAUUUACUUUAUCAAUACGUGCUAAUUAGCAUAUGCCAUAAUAACUGUUUUUAAAAAAAGUUAUCGCAGGGUGUUCAAAUGAAAAGUUACAUUCGUUUUUGUGAUACAUGUGAUGAUAUUCGUAAGUGAAUUUAAAUUUUAUGAUAUCCUAGGUCCUAAAGUUAUAAUUUUGUAAAUAAUUAUUGUUUGAGUAAAUGUGUUAAAUUAUAUAA